AUGGCAUCUCAUAGUCACUCACUUCUGUCUUUUGCUGCAUUGGCAACUUCAUUCUCCAUUGUCAUGCCUUGUAGCUUCUCUGAUCUAAUUGAGACUCAUGAUGGGAGCUUUAGUGUGAAAGCAAUAUGUUUGUUUUCUUGUAGCUUCUGCAACAUUACAACUUCUUUAGUCUUUCCCGAUUCAGCCCAAUCAGAUGUAAUCUCAAAUAGGGUGAAAUGCCUCAUGAAAUACCCAGUUGGUACGCCACUAGUCCCAAUACUAGGCAUUGCUAAUAUGGGUAGUGAUUUGAUUUGGCUACAGUGCAAGCCUUGCAUUGAGUGCUCCAAUCAAACUGCUCCACUUUUUGAUCCUGAAAUGUCUACAACCUACAAAAGCGUUUCCUGCACUUCAUCACAAUGUGAAUCACUAGCAAAAAUAUCAUGCUCCAACGAUGGAACAAGCUGCCAAUAUUCCAUCUCUUGUGGCGACGGUUCAUCAUUCUUAAAGGGAGACCCUUCUAUGGACACUCUCACUCUGGGAUCAACGACAAGCCAUCCUAUGCCUCUCCCUAUCAGAUGGUGUGGACAUGAUAAUGUAGGAAACUUUGAUGACAAAGGUUCCGACAUUGUUGGCAUUGGAGGCGGGGUGGUUUCCCUUGUUUCCCAAUUGAGUUCUACUAUUGGUGGCAAGUUCUCCUACUGCUUGGUGCCACUAACUUCAAGAGACAAAAACUCAAGCAAAUUGAAUUUUGGUAGUGAUGCUGUAGUUUCGGGUCCUGGAACCGUGUCUACUCCAUUAGUCCCCAAAAUUCUAGACACCUAUUUACUAACACUUGAUGUCACACCCUGA